AUGACGGAUGUUUUUGGCGCUUCCGCUGACAUAAAUGAGACAAUGAACUGCAAAGCAUUUUCUUCCUUCUAUCACUCGCCGAACCCCAACUUGUGUCUGGGCAGUGUUCUAAGCAAUGAAGUAAGUCCACGUGGAAUUGAAGACUGUUCGAAGUUGGGAACUCCCGCUCAAGAUUGCAGCCAUCAACAACAAGAUACCAAAACAUCCCCAGAAGAAAGCAGGAAGACACACUUCUCCCACCACAUCAGCAGCGACCACGGACCGCCGCCCACCGGACCGCGUCGACGGCAUCGCACCACGUUCACACAGGAGCAACUCCUUGCUCUCGAGGAUUCGUUUGCCAAGAAUCACUACCCGGAUAUUUACGGACGGGAGGAGCUAGCCAGAGAGACGGGACUGAACGAAGCAAGAAUACAGGUGUGGUUUCAAAACCGACGGGCAAAGUUUCGCAAGCAAGAGCGUCAACUCACAAAGAGGACCCCCUCAUCGGCCAUCAGCCUGCUACCCGGCUCAUCCACGUACGGUGGGCUAGUCUACCCACCAACACAUUCUGGGUAUCCUUACCACACCGUAGGACCACGGUACUAUCCCCACUCAGCAGCGGCUUAUGAUCCACACCACCAAGCAGUCCGGCAGUAUUCACCGAGCGCGUGUUUGGCUGCUCCGGACGCCGGGGAUCGGGAGCGAUCAACGGCGGUCGUUGCUUCGAGAGAUGACGACUGGUUCGGAAGUCAGUCGUUCUUGCACAACUCUCAUACGCACAGUCACAGUGCGAUGUCACGAUUGUACCAAGCAUAA